AAAACCGCUCUGUGAUACUUUCGACCAUGGCGCCACCGACGAGGUCAACAUCCGCCGCUAAAAAGCAAAACAAUGCCUUCGCAUUCCCCGCUACUGAGUCAACGCAGUCGCCGGUGCUAUACGCGUAUAUGACGCUGUAUAAUGUUCUGUCGGCGGUGGGAUGGUCUUUAGUGCUGUAUACGACCGUAUCGCAUCUCCUUACGUCCCCAUAUCCCUCAACGCCUUCUGCGGUGCCCACAGCACCCAAAACAAGUUCCUACUUUGCCCGUCUAUUCUCUUCCCUGCCUAUUCUCAAGUCCGCCGCACCCGCGGCGCCCCCUACAUCCACCAUCGAAGCCUUUGUCCUCGCCAAACUCCCUUUCCUUGAGCCGUACCUGCGGAGGAGCCAUACUCUGUACCAGAGUGCGGGUUUGGUCACGGCGGUCGUGCAGAGUUUUGCCGUGCUCGAGGUCGUGCAUGUGCUGCUGGGAUGGGUGAAGAGCGCGCUCCCGACGACCGCGGUUCAGGUUGCCAGUAGGCUGAUACUCGUAUGGGGCAUUGCUGAACGAUUUGAGGAGGCCCGCACCUCCCCCUUCUACGCCACGAUGCUCCUCUCCUGGGCAUCCACCGAGAUAAUUCGGUACUCCUACUACGCCCUGUCCCUCCUCUCCUCCCCCACUUCCCCAGCCCCGUUCAAGGUCACCAUCCCGUACUGGCUCACCUACCUCCGCUACACGACGUUCUACGUGCUCUACCCGACGGGCGCGGGCAGCGAGGCCUUCUGCAUGUACGCGACGCUCCCGAAGAGCAACCCCAUCAGCGGCGCGUGGGUGCAGCAGAUGCUUUGGGGCCGGUGGGGUGUCGAGGACUGGGUGCGGGCGGCGUUGUUCGUCAUUUGGUGGCCGGGGUUGUAUGUUAUGUACACCCACAUGAUGCGCCAGCGUCGCAAGGUCCUCGGGACGGGUGGCCAGAAGCUGGGCGCCGCUCCGGCCGUCCCUCCCAAAAACAAGACUCAAUGAACCAAAAUGCGAUAAAUGCUGCGAUAUGUUCGUGCUAAUGACUUACAGUAACGAGUAGGGAACGGUUUUUUGUUUAUUCGUAUACCUAUAUGGUCUCUUUAUCUUUAUACUCUUCUAGUAUCGGAUGACUAACGGAAUAGAAGGAUGAACCCCUUUGCACUGU